CGUGCGCGCGCACACACCGGCGCGCCUCCCUGCGCCUCCUCUCGCUCCCUCUCAGAGUCGCGCAGCCUUGCGGGAGGAAUGGCGGCGCCUCGGAGCUCCCUCACCACUCUCUGCGGGUUGUUCGCGCUGCUUUGCUCCUCUGCCGGAUCCACGACCCCCGGCACCAGGAGGGCGAACCAGGAGCGGUGCGGCUACCAGGAUCAGUUUGCUGCAGAUGGAAGUCGCAGGCCGGCCGUCACUUUCCGAGCUGACAAUUGUUCGCUCAACUACCCGCUGGGGAAACACGUGAUCCACGCCGUCUCCGACGUCUCCUUCAGCCAUCUGGCGUGCGAGGACCAGGCCGCCGUGGUCGUCCACUGGGCCGCCAGUCCACUAGGAAUCGAACACAUUAAAGGCUUCAGGGUUUAUCUGGAGGACAAAAACCCAGAUGGGAAACAGUGUCAACAUCUCAUCCUCAAAGACCCUCGACAGCUCAACUACUCCUACAAGAACACGAAGCUGAGCAGCCAGCCGUUCAGCGGGUUGACCUUUGACACCGACUACAUGGUUCGCGUGGUUCCUUUUCCGACUCUGAUGAACGAGUCCUUCUUCCCGCCCGCCUUCCUCAGAACCAACUCGUGCGAAGUCCUGCUGGGAUCAGACAACCUGGUUUGCAAACCAUUCUGGAAGCCAAAGACCCUGAACGUGUCCCAGCUGGGAUCGAACCUCCACGUGGCGUUCGACCAGGCGCCGGCCUCCUUCGGCUUCCACUUCUACUUCCUGUACUACAAACUGCGGCAGGACGGGCCCUUCAGACAGCAGCGCUGCAAACCAGAUGUGAACCAGCACAGAACUACAUGCAUCCUCCAGAACGUCACUCCGGGGACCUACACCAUCGAGCUGAGAGACGACGGUAACACGACGAGGAGGCAAUCUCAGUACUACGUCAGCCAGGUCCACUCCACCUGGGCGGGGCCUAUCCGGGCCAUGGCCAUCACGGUGCCUCUGGUCGUCAUGUCGGCCUUCGCCACUCUCUUCACUGUUAUGUGUCGCAAGAAACAGCAAGAGAACAUCUACAGCCAGCUGGAUGAGGAGAGCAGCGAGUCGUCCAAUCACAGCGCGGCAUUGAACGCAGAGCGGCCGUGGCCCCGCCCCAAAGUCUUCAUCUGUUACUCCAACAGGGACUGCCCCAAACACCUCGCCGUCAUCCAGAGCUUCGCCUACUUCCUGCAGGACUUCUGCAGCUGUGAGGUGGUGUUGGACCUGUGGGAGCAUCUGGAGAUGUGCAGAGAGGGUCAGAUGUCGUGGCUCAGCAGACAGCUGGACGACGCUGACUUCAUCAUCACCGUCUGUUCCAAAGGACUACGCUACUACAUAGAGAAGAAGAGCCGCAGAGGAAAGACCCCAGUCAGUCGCCGCAGCAACGGCGGCAGCAGCACCUCUCCGAGCGGUGGGUCGGGCGGCGACCUGUUCAUUGUGGGCGUGGCCAUGAUCGCGGAGAAGCUGAGGAUGGCGAAGCAGAGCGAGGGGGGCGGAGCUCAGGAGCUGGACCGCUACAUGGCGGUUUAUUUUGACUACUCCACGGAGAACGACGUCCCCACCAUGUUGAGUCUGGCCCCCAGGUUCAAGCUGAUGGACCAGCUGCCUCAACUCUUCAGCCGGCUUCACUCCAGUCAGUCCAGUCUGGCCGAGCGCGAGUCGCAGCCUCUCAACGUCUCCAGGAGGAACUACUUCAGGAGCCGAUCGGGGCGCUCGCUGUACGUCGCCAUCUGCAACAUGCACCAGCACAUCGGCCAGAACCCCGACUGGUUUGAGAAGCAGCUUUCGCCGCCGUCGGGCGGUCCCUCGGCCUCCGGCUCGGACCCUGCAGCGGCGCCCGCGGCCCCGGGCCCCGGCCCUCCCCCCGAGCCCGCCUGCCCCUCCUCCUGCUCCUCGUCUCGGCCCGAGCAGCAGAGGUUGGACUCGGGCCUGGUGCUAAACGAGGUGGUGGUGAACACGCCGCCGCCCCCGGAGGGAGCGCUGAGGAGGAACGUGCUCCUGCUGGCCCCCGGCUCCAGUCCCAGCCUGAACCUGGACCACAGUCCCAGUCCGGAUCCCUGUCCCAGUCCAGGUCUGCCACACUGCUCUCUGUCCCUGCAGGGAUCCACUUCAAGGUCCACAUCUGGAUUAUCUGGACUAUUACCUGAAGGAUCUUCCUCCUCCUCCCCCUCCAUCCUCCAGGACGGGGUGUGCCCCCUCCACACCCAGGUGGAGGAAGGCCACCGUUCUCCUCCCGAGGUCCCGCCCCCUCGCGACUCGGGCAUCUAUGAUUCGUCCGUCCCUUCGUUGGAGCUCUCCAUUCCCCUGAUGGAUGGACUGUCACAUGACCAGGCUGACUCCUCCUCUCUGGCAGACAGCGAAUCAUCUUCUUCGGGCCUGGGCGACGAGGAGCCGCCCUCCGUCACGUCGCUCCGCUGCGGCACCGCCACCGUCCGUAAGGCGGAGCUGCACCGCCACCACCUGGAGCACGGCGACGGGCCUGUGGCGUCGCAGUAGGAAGGACGCCUCCGGCCAAUCGGAAGAGGUUCAGCCCAGUGAUGUCAUAGCAGGACCCCAGAAAAUGUCGGACCUGAAACCUCCGUCAUGCGACCGAAGGGGCUUUGUUCGCUUUGCCCGGAGGAUUUUAUUUUGAAGGACUGGAUCUCCAGAAGCCGGCAGAGGGGACCGGCUCCAGCCAAACACUCUUGACCAACGGAUAGAUUGAUUGACAGCUGACUCAUGCGUGAGCAGAUGCUGCGCCGGCACUUUUAGUUGCAGGAAGACGUCCGGACGCUCCUCGGCAACAACCUUGAAACGAGAGGAACGCGGCUUCAGAGUUGUUGUUUCUUUGUUGUUGUUUUAACCAAAAGCUGCUGGAUGCAGAAUGUGGCGUAACCAGAACCUAUUUUUAUAUUAUUCUCAACACGCACUAAAUACUUUGAGGGGAAGAAACCACAUAUACAUCAAUGAAAACUGUCCUUUGUUCGAUGUGCCUUUUUACUUUUUCAUUUUGAAGAGGAAUUCUCUUCAAACAAACAUUCAGAUGAACGUAACUUUUUCCUCUUCUCUGUUUUAACCGCAUACCUUAUUUAAAACGUCUCCAGGGUCACCAUCGAAUAACCAACUGUAAACCUACUCUCGACAAUCUGUUAACUGAACGGAGCUGUCGAAAAAAUCUACUAAAACCUGCUAAUGUGACAUAAAAUAGUGGAAGAAUAUAAUAUUUAAUAUGUGAUUUAUUUCUCUGCAAGUUUGGGACAUACAAUUAAAGUUCAUCGAGUUGGCGGUAA